AUGUAUUAUGAUUUAUCGAAUGAAGCGAACACAUCAAGUGAAACACAUAGUGGUGCUUUAUCAAUUGGUCCUUUUUAUAUAGCACCACAACAGAUUGGAAUUGGUAUAAUGGUCGAAUUAUUUACAUUAAUUCCAAGUCUCUUAAUUGUUCAAUUCUUUCGACGUAUUCGACCUCGUCAACAAAUUGCACCAAUACGUGAAGCAUUAUAUAAGAUGAAACCAUCUCGAAAAACUAGUUCGACAAAUGCCCCUGCAAUCAAGAAAAAAAAAUCUUCAAUAACAUUUCCUUGGUGGUGUUUAUUUAUUGCUUAUAGUCUUUCAUUGAUAAUUAUUGGUGUUUCAAUAUUUUUUAUUAUUAUUCGAGGAAUUGAAUUUGGUGAUGUCAAAACUCAACAAUGGUUAACAUCUGUUCUUACUGGAUUUUUCUCAUCGGUUAUUUUUACUCAACCUAUUAAAAUUAUAUGUUUGGCUAUAUUCUUUAUAUGCUUUUGUCGAAAUUCAAAAGAUGAUCAAGAAACAAGUGAAUAUAUAAAUGAAGAUGAUGAAUUUAAUAUAUCUAAUGAUGAGGAGUAUCUUCAUUCGCUUGAGUAUCGCUCAUUAUUUUCUUCUGAAUCUCGAAAAAGUAUUAAUCGUCUUAAUGAAAAUGAAGUUGCUUAUGCUCGUGAUCAACGUUUAAAAGAAAUUCAAAUGUGGACAAUUAUUCGAGAAUAUCUUAUUUAUUUCAUAUUCGCAAUAUUAGUUUUUGUAAUAACGUAUUCAAAUCGUGAACAACAUAGUUUUUACCAAGUCAAUCAUUUACGAGCUUAUUUUCUUAAUCAAAGACAAACGACUGCUGAUUAUACUAAUAUCAAUACAAUCGAUGAAUACUGGUAUUGGUUAGAAAAUAGUUUUGUUUCAAAUAUUCGUGCCCAACAAUGGUAUAAUGGAGAGAUUCCGCAAUAUUUAAAUGGAUUUUUAAAUGAUAAAUCUAGUCGAUUAAUUGGAUGGGCAACAAUAAGACAAUUACGUAUUAAAUCAGAAUUAUGUUCCGAUCAACGUGUUAUUUCAAUAUGUGAAGAUAGUUAUGAUAUUUUUAAUGAAGAAACACAAUUAUUUCAACCAGGAUGGACAAAUGAAAUAGUAGAAGAUGGAGUAUAUAGUUCAUCGAUUAUAAAAGCAUUUAACUAUUUUACAAGUGAUGAAUUAGGUACAUAUACAUAUGUAGGUGAAUUUGGAACAUAUAGUGGAGGUGGUUAUGUCUAUGAAUUUCGUGGUCGCUUAUCUGAUAUGAAAACAAAUUUGUCUGAACUUCAUCAAUUAGAUUGGAUUGAUGAGAAAACAAGAGCUGUUUUUAUUCAACUAACAUUAUAUAAUCCAAGUGUUCAAUUAUUAACUGCAGUUACUUUACUUGCUGAAUUUUUACCAACAGGUGGUGUUUACACAACAGCUCGUUUCGAACCAAUUAAUUUAUACACAUUUACAUCAAUAUUACAAUUAGUUUGUACAAUUUUCUAUAUAUUUUUUAUUAUUUAUUUUAUGAUCAUUGAAAUUCGAUCAAUACUUGAAUUAAGAUUAAAAUAUUUUCAUCGAUUUUGGUCAAUAAUACAAUUAGGCAUCAUUGGUUGUUCAUUGGGAAGUAUUGGAGUUUAUUUUUGGCGUUUUCAAGAAGCUAAUCGUAUAAGUCAAUUAUUUGAACAAACCAAUGGUUAUGUUUAUAUCAAUUUACAACUUGCAGUUUAUGUUAAUGAUAUUUUAACAUUUCUUCUUGGUUAUUGUUGUUUUUUUAGUAUGAUUAAAUUUGUUCAAUUAUUUCGUUUCAAUCAACGAAUAUCUUUAUUUGCUGAAACAUUAAAAUAUUGUGCAAAGGCACUGAUUUCAUUUUCAAUAAUGUUUGCAAUUGUAUUCAUGUCAUUUCUUAGUUUAUUUUAUUUAUUAUUUGUAUCAAAGCUUUCGUCCUGUUCAAGUUUAUUAGCAACUGCUCAAAUGCUUUUUGAAAUGACAUUAAUGAAAUUUGACGCAUCACAAAUAUAUGGAGCUGAUGCUUUUCUUGGUCCAUUCUGUUUUAUUUUAUUUAUGCUUCUAGUUGUUUUUGUUUGUUUAAGUAUGUUUUUUUCAAUAAUUAUUGAUAGUUUUCAUCAUGCGAAAGACAAUCAAAAAGAAGAUCAAAUUAUGUUAUCAUUUAUGCUAAAGAAAUUUUUACGAUGGACAGGUUUAAAAAGAUUAAAUCAAGAAGAAAUUCAAGAAGAAAGAGAUUGUCGAAUGCGUUCACAAUAUGUUGAUCCAAUUGAAAAUUUUCCUGAUAAAAUCGAUCAAUUAUUAGAAGCAAUCGAUCGAAUUUAUAUCGAUCAAAAAAAAGAAUUAUUAAAAUUAACAAGAGCUGGUGUUUAA